CCCUACGUGGUUGUUCCGCAUUGCUGUCGCGUCGCUUUAAAGGCUGCCGUCAUGGCGUCGGCGCUCGGUCGAUUUCGCUGGGUUUCGGCGUUCACAAACGUCCUCGCCUCUCGGCUGACCCCCUCCAAGACCGUGACAGCGUGCCGGACAGCUGUGUGCUCCUCCUCCGGGGCUAUUCUGCCCAAACCCAACAAGGAGCAGACCUCAUUCGGCCUUUUGCGGAUUGCGGUGGUAGUGGUGCCCUUCUUGUAUGUGGGGACUCAGAUCAGCAAAAACUUUGCUGCGCUCCUGGAGGAACACGACAUCUUCGUCCCGGAGGACGACGACGACGACGACUGAGGGACCAUCAGCCGCCCGUGACAACAGGUAUAUACUGAUGCUGCGUUCAACGACAGCCAGGAAAUAUCAAAACUGGCUCUCUUCACACUCAAGUCUAACAAAAAUAUGUGUACAUUAGUAAUGCCACAUGUUUAUGUACAUACAUUUGUUUUCAUCAUCUUUGCAUCCUUUCCUUCACAGAUUGUUUUGUCUAGACAUCUACUGGGACAAAUUUGACCUGGUGAAUCCUUUACCAGACUUCCUUUGCCCCCGGAUUGUCGCUGAUACUGAAAAAAUGCAGCAUGUAUUGUUGUGAAUUUGCAUGCAGUACUAAAGCUUUUGAUAACAUGGUCUAAAAAAAAAAAAAAAAAAAAGAAACCGCAAGCAAUCCAUACACAGGAGGUGCUACCACACUUUGUAAGUGGAAUAAACACCUAAGUCACUCACACUGUACACAGAUCACAUGACGGACAUAAAAUACAGUAAAAAAAUAAAUGAAAUUGUCAUUAAAAAA